AUACCCCCAAACAUAUACUUCAGUCUUUGCUUUAUGAUUUAUUUCCUUAUUUACCUGGCCUUCUUUACUAUACUAUACUAAGUAACAGUUUUCAAGUAAAUAAGUAUUAUCUAUAUAUAUAUAUAUAUAUAAUCGUACACAUAUUUAUUACAUUUCCUCCACACAAUGGUUAGCAGCAAGAAGCAAGCAGACGUACGUAGGUCUCUUAUAUAAAGUCAGACUCUCCCUGAGGUUUAUGACCAAUCUUUUAAUAUAAAGUCGUGGCAGUAUGUAGCUAGAGAUCACAUAAUCUGCUUUCAGGCAGUCACUCACAGACCAAAACAGUUUAUUUCCGUCACUGCAUGCGGCAGCAUAUAUAUCUAACUACUCCAGGCAGUGUCAAGUCUAAUGUAACAUAUAAACUCUUGAAAUUUCACGAAGCCUUUAAUAAUUUCCCGACCAGUUACUGCUGCAAUCACACCAAGACAAUACCAGCUGAGUAUCCUGCAGGAGAGAGAGAGCUUACCGUAGCUAGCAGACAACAAUACAGUGUCGAGAACGCGAUGGAUAUCAACAGAUGAUAUCUAUACCAUCAGCUGAUUCAGAAGCUUCUGAUUUUAAAGGAUAUCUUUAUUUUUUCUACGGAUCUAGAAAUAAAAUUAUGUGUGACUUAGGCAUAGCUAAGAGGAUGAAGGCGAUCACAAGGCUGAAUGAAUUAGAAUAUUGCAUAAAACAUCAGCAGGACACCCAUCCAGCAGCUUGAGGGGUAACCAGGGGCCGAAUGUCCACGCGUGACAGCAUGAUGUUAUCUUCCACCCCUUCCCAGACCAUUCCAAUCAAUCUCCAAGUGGAAUCUUCCACCACCUCCUCCAUCAAACUAUCCUGGGGCCCAGGCACCACACCGCUACUCUCUGCCAUUUUGGCCUACCAAGUCCACUAUCAAAAAGAGGCCAGCAAAUACGUACAGUAUGGACCACGGCUGCCGGCUUCAUCUAACGAGUACAAUAUCCAGAACCUAGUUGCUGACACAUUUUACAAGAUCUGCUUAGUUAUCUAUCAAAACAAUACUGUGACACCUGAUCGUGAAUGUGUUGACGCGUCUACAUCAAACUGGCGGAUCCCUGUGUCUAUUUCCAUUGGCAGCAGUAUUGGGGCUGUGCUGGCCCUUUUCCUUAUUAUGCUCAUGGUGGUUGCUGUGGCUCGUUGUCCAUUUGCCAUCCGCUGGCAUCACAAUCAGAAAAUGACCGCCAGAAAAUAUGACAGCAUAUCUUCUCAUUUCCAUUACGAUUUCAGUGAUACUGUGACACAUGAGAGGGACGAGGACUAUUUGUCAGAUCACAGUGAAAAUGGGCUUUAUAAAGAAGGGUGUAACCUGAGUCCUAGCUACAGACACCCAGAGUACCGCUUGACCGCCACCCAGGUCUGUAAUGGUCACCACCAUCAUCAAGUGACCUUUAACCCCAACCUCCCAACAAGGUGUACAGGGGCUCGACCCAAAAUUCAAAUGGCUAAACAUAGCCCGCAACCCUCGUAUCUUGCUAAGAAACAUAUUGUGUCACAUUCCUCGACAGAAUCAGAAAGCGAGAAUGUGACUGUUGAGAGGUUGGAGCCGAAGCCUUAUUCGGGCCGGCUGUGUGAACAUGCUCAUGUGUGUUUUAGUGAUGACAACUAUAAUCUACAGUCAGAUGUAGAUUUUCCUCAUUCCCAAGAAUGCUGUGCUAGAAAUCAAAACAACGAUUUUAACGAGUCAGAACACCUGGGCUUUGAGGCAGCGGGGGGACUGAUCAUUCUCCACGAAGCCCCAAGUCUGAAUCAAGUGGAUGUUUCAUCCAGUGACUCUGGUUACAAAGAUACGUUACACCGCGCUCAAUCUGAGUCAGAUGAAGACAAUGCUUUGUUCUCCGCCACCAAAAGUUUCGCCUCCGAUCAGGACAUGGAUGACAAUAUGCAAACCACUGCGGUUUCUGAUGAAUUCGAAAUGACAGACCUAUCAGAUAAAAUGAAAUCCAUUAAGAUUUCUCCAUCCAGAGGAAUGGAUCAAUCAGAGCUAAUUUCUGAAGUGACAUGAGAUCAAACAACUCAAUUCUGGCAAAUGAAUCCAUUUUCAUGUUACCGUGGUAAUUAUAAAUCUCGUCAUGUUGGUUGAUGACAGUCCUCAUGAACAGAAGUUCAGCUCCAUUUAAAGUUGCAUCAUUUUUCCUAAAUUUUUAGAUCUCUUGAUUUUUUUUCUUUUUUCACUUAAUUUAUAUAACAAUUAUAUCAAGAUCAAAGGUAUUUUUACAAUUGAUUUUUAAUCUAAUAAAAUCCAAAGUUGAAUUGAUUUAGUUCUGAUUAAAAGAGAUAUGCUGUUACAUUGAGUCGUAACAGUUCCUAGGGGCUUAAUGUUCAUGGCUUUCAUGGGUUACCCUUGCCCAUGAAUCUACAUCCCAACGAAUGUAUAUACAACCAUUUGUUUGAUAUUAAAUUAAAAUCAUCAUGAACUUGCGACUAAUGAAAAUAGUUCCCCAUGAACUAGGUAAAUUUCGGCUACUUACGAACAUAGAC